AUGUCAGUCUCCAAUGCCUCUGACAUGGAAAUCUCUACAUUCUUCUUGACUGGAAUCCCAGGAAUGGAAUACGCUCACAUUUGGGUCUCAAUCCGUAUGUGCCUCAUUUACCUCUUUGCUAUCCUUGGGAACUGCACCAUCAUCUUUUUCAUAAAAACAGAGGCCUCUGUACGUGAACUUAUGUAUUAUUUCCUCUCCAUGCUGGCAUUUUCUGACCUGGGACAGUGCAUCUCCUCCCUUCCAGCCAUGCUGAGAAUCUUUUUGUUCAACGCCACAGGAAUUUCCUCAGAUACCUGCUUUGCUCAAGAGUUUUUCAUUCAUGGAUUCUCAGCCAUAGAGUCAUCAGUACUUCUCAUUAAGUCUGUUGAUUGCUUUGUAGACAUCUACAACACUUUGAGAUACACUUCCAUCCUUACCAGUGCCAGGGUCAUUAGAAUUGGUCUUGUGUUUGCUGGGAAUAUUUUGUUGGUCUUCCCUUUCCCCUUUAUUCUAAAGAGGCUGAAAUUCUGUAAUAAAAGCCUUCUAUCCCACUCAUAUUGCCUCGACCAGGAUGUCAUGAAGCUGGCCUAUUCUGACAACAAAGUCAAUAUCAUCUAUGGUUUUUUUGUGGCUCUUACAACUAUGUUAGAUUUGGUAUGCAUUUCUGUGUCUUACAGGCUGAUUUUGAAAAUUGUUCUGGGCAUUACCUCACACAAGAGUUGCCUCAAGGUCCUCAACACUUGCAUCUCUCAUAUCUGUGCUGUGCUCAUCUUGUAUGUGCCUAUCAUCACCUUGGCUGUCAUCCAUCGCUUUGCCAAAAAUGCUUUUCCUGUUAUUAGAGUCAUUAUAGCUGACACCUUCCUUCUGGUUUCCUCUCUAAUGAAUCCUAUUGUGUAUUCUGUGAAGAAUCAACAGAGUAGAAAUCAGAUAAUGGGAAAAUUAUGUGAGAAACAGGUCUAA